AUGCAUGUUUUAAAAUCUUACGCUUAUUAUUUUGUGCUUAUAAACAUCUUAUUUAUUGGUGCUAAUGCACUCCCUAAACCCAAAAUUGAUCGUCUUGUAGUGGUUGAAUCUACCCCUGAUAAAGACGUCGAGGGAAUCUCGAUUACGGUAGUAGAGCAGGGGACUUUUGAAGGAAAUCUUCCAGUGCCCAAAUUUAAUAUUCCAGAAUUCGAUUUUCCUCAUUUUCAUAAUUCUAAACAAAAUGAAGCAUUCUUGGGUCAUGAAUCUCAUGCCUUGCCAUUCAACAGGCCCACGUUUAAUCGAUAUCCUCGUUUUCAUCACUUGCAUCAUAACCAAGAUUGGCUUCCUCAUGGAUUCCCACUUCAUAGUCAAUUGGAAUCUUUGAUCGAUUUUAAUAAAAAGCAACCCGAAUUUUUGUUGUCGAUGCUUAACUUAUUGACAAACUCUUUGGAAAAUAAUAUCGCUUUAGAUCAAGAAUCUAAAACGUCUUUAACUUUGGAUCAUGAUUUAUCACAAGAUGAUUCCAACUUGGGCAACUUGGAUAUUCCGAAUAUUGACGAUUUACAUCUUGGAUAUUUUCCAACUUCUGAUCAAACUUUGAUCGAUGAUAACGAUGAAUGCUCGCUCGACGUUGCGACAAUCGACGAUGACAAUUUGGAGUACGAUUUUCAUCCGACAAAAUCAUUGUCAAUUCCAACUACAACCGAUGUAGCAAUAUGGAGUGCUACUUUUGAUCGAUUGAUCGACACUCCCCCGAUUUAUCAGGCGAUACCGUCCGAAACACAUUACUGGGAGACGAACCGUUCUGAACUUCCAAUGCGACUAAAUCGAAUUUUCCACGACAUGCUUUAUUCAGCUGGCUUAUUUGCUUUGGUGUUGAUUUUGAUGCCACUUGCAUCUAAAUUUAUUCGUGAGUAUAAGGAUAAGCGUAAUCAUUAUGCACCAAUGAUUUUGUAUGCGUGUGAUGAAAAAAAGCUUGAGAAAAAAUGA